CGGCGCGGAAGCCAGGAUCCCAGCGCGGGCCGCACCGGAGCGUGUGCCCAGCGGGCGCGGACUUGGUGAGCGGGUCGCCGGGGCGGGGUCGCCCGGGACCGGGGAACCAGGGCCAGGAGGACGGAGGGCAGACGCACUGGGCCCAGAGAUGGACGGAGACUGAAUGCGCACUCCCUCGGGGGCCCCAGCCCCGACUUCUCUGGACACGGACGGUGCUGAGACGCCCACGGGGCUCCGAGCAGAGGACCUGCCGGACAUGUGAAGGACGUGGGGUGCGGGGAGCCAGAGACCAGCGGCCCACGGACGGAGGGAGACGCAGACCCACGGAGGGCUGGGGGCACCCUCACACCAUCUCCCCGCCCGGUGCAGAGAGGAAUCUGCGGCUGCAUCGCGGAACCAACGAGAGAGGAAGAGGGCAGCGGGCCCGGCCACCUACACCAUGACCAGCUGUCGCCACCAUUCGGGAUACUUGGCGGACGACGAGGCUGGCCACACCACCUACGUGGCCCGGGUCCAGCCACCUAAGAAGUCACUGUUCCCGGAAAUGGGGCAAGCCUCCAAGCUGGGCCACACACCACACCCCACUUCGAUGCACGGCCCCUCAGGCAGUUCAGGGCUCCGCAGCCACCGCCGAAACCCCAAGGGCCCUCGACCCUUUAGGAGCUUCCUGGAUUUCCUUGUCGAGGGUCAGGUGCUGGACAGCCUGCAGACGGUGGUGGAGGAGGCAACUGAGCGCAUGGCCACCGUAAAGACAGAGGCUGGGGUGCCGCUGGUGGAGGUGGAGGACCCGAUGGAGGUGCCAAGGUGUGGGCGUCGGGCGCGGGCCCGGCCCAUCCUCAGUACCGUGCACCAGCGCUGCACCCGGCCGAGCCUCUGCCUGGGGCGCCCCAACAAUUACCCGUCCUGCUCCAGCUCCAUGUCCGACUCCCACAGCAGCUUCACGGCCAACUGGCCGGGCUCCCAUAGCUGGGACAGCAACCUGGGUGCCCGCAGCUUGGGUGCACUGCCACCCAUGAAGGACAAACUCCUGCUGGAGAAGAACCUCAAACGGCUGCUGCAGCUGGAGAACAGAAGGAAAGGCCUAGGGCAGUCCUGCCCCCACGGGGACUCCCUGCCAUGGGACUCACUGGGCAGCCAGACCAGCAGCCAGUGGACCCUAGAGCAGCCCCUGUCCUGGUUCUCAGGCCUGCUGGGCUCGAGCUCAGGCACUCCCGAAGCGUCAGAGGUGGGGCCAGCAGAGCGGGAGCUGAUCUUCCUCAAGCGAGAGCUGAACAAGGAGAUGAAGUCUUUGCUGAGCCAGCCAGGGUCCUUUGACCUGCCCGGCUACUGUGCGCUCCGAGAGCCCCAUCGGACCCUGGACUUCCUGGCUGAGCACCACCUGUUCCCCGCCCUGCAGGACGUGGUCAACCAGGCUGUGGACAAGCUCAGUGGUGCCUGCCGCCGAGACGGCUGCCCUCUCUUCCCGUCGGAAUGGGAGCCCUCCCCAGAGUCCAGCUCCAAGCUGGCCACACCCAUUGAUGGGGAGGAGCCCUACGAUUUGCUGCCCACCACAACCUCCAGCCCCAGGAUGGAGCACAGAAAGAGCAUCAAGUACAGGGGACGCGGCAAGGCCAAGGAAGGUGGCUCCCCGGUGUCUAGCACCCAAGUAGCCACCAGGUUCCGGCUUGAGGUGACACCCACAGAAGAGCCCAAGAGCCCCAGUUACAAGUUCACCAAGAAGAAGACGCUGCCCUCCAUCCUGUCCAAGUCCACCACCAUGUCCCGCCUCUCCAACCCCUGGCACGAGGAGCUCGUUGACUACCUGAAGGGCCAGGCUGUGUCCUUGCUUGCCUGCAAGUACAGGUUUGAGAAGAACCUCACUGGGCAGCUGGGCUUCAUCUCCUUCCCCAUCACUGAGGCACUCCUGGACCUUUUCCUGGGCUUCAGGAAGGUGAAGGGCUCGCGCAUCCGUCUGUCCUCCACGAUCGACUGGAGCUGCCUGCUGCGCAGGCUGGAGGAGGCCGAGUUUAGCCAGUGGUCACCCCAGCGGGCAUCCCGGCACACCUCCCAGCACAGCACCCCCCAGCGCAGCAUGCGGACACCCACCGCGCCGUCCGAGCUGGCCGCCAGGACCCACAGGGUCCAGGACAAGCCCACAGGGUCCCGCCUCAACAUGAGGUCCCCGGGCCCCCGGCCGCUCGCCUCACAGGAGCACCCGGCAGCCGCGGAGCAGGAGCCCACCAGACCGCCAGAGCCCAAGCUGUUCCUGUCCUCCGCCAACACCGGCGUGGCCUCCCAUCAGUCCGACCAGACAGUGAACAUGGAGGACCACCAGAGCAUCGAGGAGGAGGAGGAGGACAAGGAGGAGGAUGGAGAGGAGGAGGAAGAGGACGAGAAUGACUUUGGAGAUGAGGGCGAGCCCCAGAGCUCCCCGGAGCCUCAAGAGGAGGCCGUGGUCAGCACCACGGCGGCAGGCUCAGGUGUGGGCCACGGUGACUGCCCAUGGGGCCCCUGAAGUGCACCGAGUGCUCCAUGCCCCACUCCUCCUGCUUCUCCCGCCCCAGCGGCCACUGCCCUCGCAGCCAUCCCGCCCCAAGCAGAGGUCAGAACAGCUGGUGCCCACGAAGAGCUCUGCUGAGCCUCUCAGGGGAGCCAACGGGAGAAAUAAAACUUGUGUUGAUGGAACACGGUUUUCCUGUCAGAUCUCAGCCAUCCUCUGACCACCUGCCCCCGAGGAGCAUCUCUGGAGAGCUAGGCCAGGCCUCCACGGCAGCUGCCGGUGCCCUGAGCCCCGUGACCUCCUGGGCUCUGCUGCUGGCUCUUCUGCACUCCAGUCUGCACCUUCCUGCUUCUUCAAGCCUCUUAGGACUCAUGGUCCCCACCCCACGGCCCCUGUGCAUCACACUCCCACUUCCCGAGGGCUCCUCCUCUGCCAGGGCGUAUCCACCCUCUCCUGAUGCUCCCACCGCUACCUGUCUUCCUAAUUUGUAUUUCUCAGCUCGUGCUCCUGAGGUCACAUAGGGGCUGCUGGUAGGUCAAGCCAUGGAUUGACUGACCCAGCUGGCCGUGUGACUAUCCCUUCCGCAGAGGCCCUGGGCAAGGCAGCUCUCUUGAAGGGUCUGUGGGCUCGGCUGGUGCUGUGGUCAGAGGUUCUCACGUCCAGGGUUCUCCUGGAGCUUCUGGCCAUCCGGUGCCCCCAGCUCCUCCCCUCUGCCUUCCUCGGGCAGCCUAUUUGUUCCCCUUCAGGCAUCUUCACCCAGGGAGCAGCUCCACCCCCACCCCCACCCUGCUCCUAUGGCAGAGAGAAGAUGCUCAGCGUCUCUGAGCAGGCCGCCAUUUCGGGGAGGCUGGUGGAUCUCUCAUGCCUCCCCUGGAGCCCGCCAGGUGCGCGGAGGCCAGACCUGCUCGGCCUGGCCUGACCAUGCUCAGUGGCCCACAGAUGAGGACACAGCAACUAUAGAGCUUCCUCUGGAACCAGACAGGGAGGACCCCGUGAUUCGGGGAGGAGGACCUGCUCCUCUGACUGGCAGAGGGGCCAGGGCCCUGGGUGGGGAGUCAGGGACCCAUUUUUCCACAGAGCUCUUGUGACAAGGAUCCUUCAGAGCACAUGCUCGGUGCUAAUGCCUAUCCCCCGAGGCCACCACUGCCACCACUGCCGCCAUGUCGGGCCACAACAGCCGCUUUGUACAUUACUGCCAUAUCACUUGGCUACAGUUGAUUGGCCCUACUGGUGCAUCCAAUACCCGCUGGCUUCCAGGUCCUGCUGCCCAGUCCUCAAGGGAGAAGAGUGUAUGUCCCCACCCCAGCCUCAGAGGCACACAUCUAGGUCCUGGGGUGGGAGCAGCCCCUUUGGGCACCACUGGCACAUGAUGCUAGAGACAGCUCCCCUUAGCUCCUGUUUCAGGCACCAUGUUGUUGCCAUGUAACAAACCAAGAUUUAAGUGGCUUCAAACAAAAUCAUCAUUUGUAAUGAUUCUGAGGGGGUUCUACGGGCUCAGCUGGCAGUGGUGUAGCCAGAGCGGCUGGGGUGGGAGUGCUGCUUUCGGCUGGGGGCUGGGCUGAGGCUAGGACAUCCCUCGUGGCCCCUCCCCUUCCAUCAUCUCUCUCCCCGUUGCCCCUGGCCAUUCAAGGGUCUGUCUGGGCAGGGGCUGGCUUCCUAGAGGGAGGAAGCAAGAACCACCAGUGAGUGCUCUGGCAGCCUGUGCUCGGAAGUCCCCAAACAGCACUUCUGUGGCAUUCUCGUGGUCAAAGCCAAUUACGAUGCGUGCCCAGAUCCAAGUGGAGGGGGAAGGGACUCCACGACUUGGGAGAGGAGCAGCUUGUGCUCACAGGGGUGGGAGGCAUUGUUAGCAGAUGUAUUUGGAGACUAACACCUCUCCAUCCUCCUUGGCUGACUGCACCUUGAGCAGUGCCUGGAACUGAGUUGAGUCAAUCACAUCCCCUCUUGAGAAUCUGAACCUGGAGACAAACUGCAGUCUCCAGGUGGAGGGCCCCGAGCAUCUGCCCAUGAGGUGAGCAGGAAAAAGGAACAGCUAGGAUAAGCCAUGAGGCUCCAGAGACUCAGGGAGAGCCGUGUUGGCUUCCCGACUCCAGCCCUGGGGUCUCUGCUGCUCUUGGAACCCUUUCUUUGCCUGUCAGGGAGAUUACUCGCUGUGUCCUUACCAUUGUCUGCUCCCAGUGCAAUGGGCAGCUGUUGGCAGCUUUCAGCAGGCACCUGGCAUGAUCCGAUUUAUACUUUUUAAAAAAAAGUUUUUAUUGAAUUUGUUACAAUAUCGCUUCUGUUUUAUGUUUUGGUUUUUUGGCCCCAAGGCAUGUGGGAUCUUAGCUCCCUGACCAGGGAUCAAACCUGCACCCCCUGCAUUGGAAGGCAGAGUCUUAACCACUGGACCGCCAGGGAAGUGCCUUGAUUUAUGCUUUUUUUUUUUUUUUUAAAGAAUUAUUUAUUUAUUUAUUUUUGGCUGUGUUGGGUCUCUGUUUCUGUGCGAGGGCUUUCUCGUGGCAAGCGGGAGCCACUCUUCAUCGCGGUGCGCGGGCCUCUCACUAUCACGGCCUCUCUUGUUGCGGAGCACAGGCUUCAGACGCACAGGCUCAGUAGUUGUGGCUCACGGGCCUAGUUGCUCCGCGGCAUGUGGGAUCUUCCCAGACCAGGGCUUGAACCCGUGUCCCCUGCAUUGGCAGGCAGAUUCUCAACCACUGCACCACCAAGGAAGCCCUUGAUUUAUGCUUUUUAAGACAGAAAUCACUUUCCUGGGUGGAGAAUGUCUUGGAAGGGCCCGAGUAGCAGGGAAAUCUUCUAGGAGGGGUGGUAGAUAUCUGAAGGGGAGAUGGAGUGGCUUGGAUUACGGUGGUGACAGGGAAUGCAGGAGAGAUGCCUUCCAAUCUGUUUUGGAGUCAGAGCCAUCAAGACAUGCUGGGGUAGAUGUGAGGAGUGUGGUAAAGAGAGGAAUCAAAGAUGAAUCCCAGGUUUGGGGCUUGAACAACUUGUAAAUGGAGGUACCGUUCCUGAGACUUGGAAGCCUGGGGGAGGAGCAGUGUGAGGGAGACCGGGGAGUCCUGCUUGGGGCAUAUUAGGUUCGAGAUGCUUGUUGGUGUGUCUGAGAAGACACACCCAGAUUGUACUCUAGCCCCUCUGCCCUGGGUCGGCGGCCCCUCAAGGGCGCAGUCUACCAAAUCCAGGGCAGACCGUAAGCAUUUUUUAAAAAGACACACAUUUAUUUAUUUUUGGCUGUGUUAGGUCUUCAUUGCUGCAUGUGGGCUUUCUCUAGUUGCGUCGAGCGGGGGCUACUCUUUGUUGCGGUGCACGGGCUUCUCAUUGUGGUGGCUUCUCUUGUUGCAGAGCAUGGGCUCUAGGUGCACGGUCUUCAGUAGUUGUGGCAUGUGGGCUCAGUAAUUGUGGCUCGCGGGCUCUAGAGCGCAGGCUCAGCAGUUGUGGUGCACUGGACUUACUUAUUGCUCCUCAGCAUGUGGGAUCUUCCCGGACCAGGGCUUGAACCCGUGUCCCCUGCGUUGGCAGGCGGAUUCUUAACCACUGCGCCACCAGGGAAGUUACCGUAAGCAUUUUAGACAUUCUAAGCACUGAAAAGAUCAAGACACCUUGACCCAUAUAGAAUUCAAAAUAAAGACAAUGAUAAACAUGAAAACCAGGACUUCCCUGACUGUCCAGUGGUUAAGACUCUGUGCUUCCACUGCAGGGGGCCCGGGUUCUAUCCCUGGUCGGGGAACUAAGAUCCCACAAACCCCAUGGCCCCAGGGGUGGGGGUAGGGAGACAUGAAAACCAAAGAAUAACCCAUUGCUGUAAUUAAAAUGGCUCUACCCUGGAUUUUCUGAAUGCAAAAUUCUGGAUGAUUUAAUUAAACACGAACUUUUCUCCCUGCUUUGCUGGUGCACCAAGUGCACGGGUGGUCAGCCUA